UUAAAGACAUCCAAUCCAAUUGGUCUUUUGAUAAUCAAGUUCGUUUCAUUUAUAAUGCUGUCAUUGAAUGCCGUCGAGUAUAUGCAAAGACAGAAACGUUGAGCAAAACAAACAGAUGUAAACAAACUUGUUCAUCUUUCGAACGAACAUUUUCUGUGACAGGUAAACAAGACAUACCCGGAUGGAAAACACUUGCGGCUUUUGCGCUCACCAAGACCAGAGUGUCGUCGCGCUUCAAGAAGAUUACUCCACCGGAAAUCCAUCCAUCGUAAAUAUAGCGGCAAGGCACCUUUGGUUUACGAACGAAGAACUAAAAUCAUUCUAUAUCUGCGAUGCCUGUCGGAACAAGCUCCUAGAAUUUCAUCACUUUUACUGCCAAAUAAGACAGCUCUACUCUGGACAACCGAUAGUAAACGAAAACAAGUUGGAAUCCGUUCCAACAAACGCUGACCAAAUUGAACUUAAAUCACUUACUAUACAACCAGAGUCAGUGGAAGUAGAUGAAGAAAUUCUAUCCGAUGUUAAUGACGACGAAAAUGACCACGAAGAACCCGCCGAUGCAACACGAAACGAAAAUUCAAAUGAAAAGCUUUCCGAAGAUCAGCCAAGUGAGGAAGACCCGCGCCUAGCAAUCACCGAUGAAGAUAUUCGCAUCUACUGCCAAAUGAAAUGUCACAUCUGCUCGGAAGAGUUCGAUUACUACGAAGAUCUGAAGGCUCAUUGCACCCGAGAGCACGACUCGAAGUGCUACGUGUAUUGCUGUAACACUCGUCUAGAUAGAUUAGAUAGGGUUAAGGAUCACAUACUUUUUCAUCUUAAGCCGGACAUUUUUCGCUGCGAAAAGUGCGACAAAAACCUCACUACAAAAGGUAACCUUAGUCGACACUUGAAGAGUGCUGGUCACCUGUUCGCGGAAGAUCAGGUUUUCGGAUGUGGCUUUUGCACAAAAAAAUGUCCCAGCCAGGAAAUGUUGAACGAUCAUAUGCAAUCUCACCAGAAGAAAACCACCAUUCACAAGUGCGACUUGUGCCCGAAAGAAUUCACUACGUUUGCCAGGCUUGCCUGUCACAUGGGAAUGGUUCACAAAUCAACUGAUUUACCGCAAAGCUGUAAGGUUUGCCAUAAGAAGUUCGAUAGCCGAGAAACUCUCAACGCCCAUCGUGCUUCCAGCCGGUGUUUCGAUCCCCAACUAGAUGACCCCACACCGGAACCGAGUGGACGAAAGUGUACGAUUUGCGACGAAGUAUUUCACCGAAAAGCGAAAUACAGGGAACACAUCGCACUCCAUGCUGGACAACUUUUGUACGCAUGCGAUUUCUGCGGUAAGCCAUUUAGAACCUCAAGCACCAUGCAGUGGCAUCGGAGGCAUAAGCACCCGAAAGAGUGGAAAAAGCUAAAGUUGAAGCCUCGGUAUGAGACAGCAAGCUAAUUUUUCCGCUGAUAGAAAAGCAACUUUUCACACAGGUUGUAAAAGUUUUCACACAAAUUUCAAUCAAUAAACUGAGAAGUAGAAUACGAUGAUUAUAAGAAAAAAAAAACAACAUAGGGAACUUUGGUUAACAUAACCAGAUUUUGAAGAAGAAAAAAGCCUGAAAUAAAUGUGAAAUUUCAACUAUUUA